CGCACGGCAUUAUUCGCUGAACGUUGUGACGGGACAGCCGGCACCCUACUGUACUGAACUACUGAACGGUCUUGUGUCAUCCUUCGAAUAACAAAUUAAAGAUGUCUAUCUCUGAAUUCAGACGGAAGAAGCUCCUUUACGUUUUCAACGUCUUCUUUGAUGUCAAUCAAAGCGGAACCAUUGAGAGGAAAGAUUUCGAGUUGGCGAUAGAAAAAGUGUGCAGUCUCCGCGGCUGGAAGCCUAGUGAUGCUAAACACUCAGAGACCCACGAAGUCAUGAUCAAAAUUUGGGACGGUCUCCGAAAACGGGCCGAUUCAAACCGCGAUGGCCAAGUCUCCGUAGACGAAUGGGUUUCCAUGUGGAAUGACUACGCCCAGAAUCCCUCUGCUGCUUUGAAAUGGCAGCAGCAAUAUUGCCACUUCAUGUUCCAACUUGAAGAUGCCAGCGCUGAUGGGACCAUCGACUGUGAUGAGUUCACCACUGUCUGCUCGUCAUACGGCAUCAAUCCUCAGGAAUGCAAGGCUGCGUUCGUGAAGAUGUCUAAGGGCAAGGAUAGCGUCUCCUGGGAGGAGUUCCAGGAACUUUGGAAGGAGUACUUCUCCACUGAGGACCCCAACGCCCCAGGGAACUUCAUUUUCGGCAGGACCAGCUUCUAAAGGGACAGAAGCUUAGGCAAUUUGAAUAUUUGACUUGGAGUCUCGGGUGUAGUUUGAACUAGAAUCACCCGUGUAAUCUCAUUUUAAUUUUGCGUGUGUGUUUCAGAAUGUAUUAGUAUUACCCUUGGGUGUUAAAAACUGGCCAUAACCUCAAAAAGUUUCGAGAAAAUUCUCAAAGUUAUUCUUAACUCCCGAAAUCGUAAGGGUUACCAUAGUUUUAAACGGUAAAGCUCAGUCAAGCCAAGAGAAAAAUCUUAAAUUAUUUUCGACUAUUCCUCACAGAGAAAUUGUUGGAAGGUUGUAUCGCUAAUAAUCAGUUCUAGAUAACCAAUUUUUAAAAGAUUUAAAUACACCAACAAAUAACUGUAGAAUAAGUACACUGAAAAGCCGUCAGCUAUGACUAAUUAUAACUAAAACAAAUAUUGUCACAUAAACAACGUUUAAUUAUUAUUCGUGUCAAUUGUCGCCUAAUGACAGAUUACAGGUUUUUUAAAUUAAAGUUGAUGGCCAGUUUUAUCGCACUUGAAUCAAGUCCCUAGCCUCAUUCUUCUUAAAGCUCAAAUUAGAAUUUCCAAUUUUAGAUCUUAACAACGAAUAAUUGUCGUUAUUAAUAUUUCUUUGUAAGUAGAUUUAAAAUACUGCCAUUGCAUUUACUGUUAUAUCUUAAAUGUAUUAUCCAAUUGUUUGUAUUUUAAAGUUUUACCAUAUAGUCCGCUACAUAGAACGAUUUAAUGUUUGUAUAUAAUAUUAUUAAUUAUUGAA